GGCCGAGGUCACGCCUGCUAGCUCAUUAUGCUAACGGUGCUGACAGCAGAGUUUCUAUGGUGACAGCAGCGAACGGAGCUGCGUCCAUCACCCUAACCCGUUUUACGUGGAUAUAUAUUUAACUGUCUAUCAUUGUCUCACACCUUUGCAAUUUGGGCGCUCGGUGCUGUGGGCGGACCGACGGAGCCAGGCUAGCGGAGCUGUCUGGCCGUCCGAUCCAGGCGCGGAGGAGCCUCGAUGUGGACCGUGUCGGACCUCGUCGCCGGACAAGAUGCGCAAGGACGUGAGGAUACUGUUAGUCGGGGAGCCCAAGGUGGGCAAGACGUCUCUCAUCAUGUCACUGGUCAGCGAGGAGUUCCCAGAUGUGGUUCCCUACCGUGCAGAAGAGAUCACUAUACCUGCAGACGUCACUCCGGAGAGAGUUCCCACUCAUAUUGUGGAUUAUUCAGAGGCUGAACAAACGGACGAGCAGUUGUUUCAGGAGAUCUCAAAGGCAAACGUGAUCUGCAUCGUGUACUCUGUCAACAAUAAAAAGUCCAUAGAAAAGGUAACCAGCCACUGGAUCCCCCUGAUUAUCGAAAACACAGACAAGGACAGCAGGGUUCCUCUGAUCCUGGUGGGAAACAAAUCUGACCUGGUGGAGCACAGCAGCAUGGAGACCAUUCUUCCCAUCAUGAACCAGUUCAGUGAGAUCGAGACUUGCGUUGAGUGCUCAGCCAAAAACCUGAAAAACAUCUCAGAACUUUUCUACUAUGCACAAAAGGCCGUUCUGCAUCCGACUGGUCCACUCUACUGUCCAGAGAAAAAAGAUAUGAAGUCUCUCUGUGUAAAAGCGCUGACACGAAUUUUCAAAGUGUCCGACCUCGACAACGACGGUGUUCUCAAUGAUAAUGAGCUCAACUUCUUCCAGCGAACAUGUUUCAACACUCCCCUCGAACAUCAAGCCUUAGAAGAUGUCAAAAAUGUGGUACGCAGGAAUUUAAGUAACGGCGUGUCUGACAACGGCCUCACUUUGAAAGGCUUUCUGUUCCUUCACACACUCUUCAUCCAGCGUGGACGCCAUGAGACCACAUGGACUGUGCUGCGGCGCUUCGGAUACGACGAUGACCUGGAGCUGAACCAGGAUUACCUUUUCCCUCCGUUGAAAGUUCCUCCAGACUGCACCACAGAGCUCAACCACAACGCCUAUCUCUUCCUCCAGAGCGUUUUUGACAAACAUGACAAGGACCGCGACUGUGCCUUGUCGCCUGAGGAGCUGAGCGACCUGUUUGAUGUCUUUCCCUACAUGCCUUGGGGCCCUGAUGUCAACAACACAGUUUGCACAAAUGAGCAGGGCUGGAUCACGUACCAGGGGUAUCUUUCUCAGUGGACGUUAACAACCUACCUGGAUGUGCAGCGGUGUCUGGAGUAUUUUGGUUACCUUGGUUACUCAAUCAUUGCCGAACAGGAGUCUCAAGCGUCGGGAAUCACAGUGACACGAGAUAAGAAGAUUGACCUGCAGAAGAAGCAGACCAAGCGCAGCGUCUUCCGCUGUAAUGUCUUUGGUGACGUGGGCAGCGGCAAGAGUGGCUUCCUGCAGGCCUUCCUGGGUCGAAACAUCAAUCAUCAGAAAACCAUCAAAGAAGAACAUAAGUCUUACUACGCAAUCAGCACAACCUAUGUUUAUGGUCAAGAGAAAUAUCUUCUUCUCCAUGAAGUGUUUCCUGACUUCGACUACCUGUCAGACAGUGAACUGACGAGUGACAUCGUCUGCCUGGUGUAUGACGUCAGUAACCCGUACUCCUUCGACUACUGCGCCAAAGUCUUUAAGCAAUACUUCAUGGACAGCAAGAUUCCAUGCAUGAUGAUCGCGGCCAAGUCGGACCUGCCGGAGGUCAGACAGCUGUACAGCUGCAGUCCGCUGGAGUUCUGCAGGAGGCACAAGAUGCCGCCGCCACAGUCCUUCACCUGUAACACGGCAGCGGCUCCCUGCCGAGACAUCUACACCAAACUCACCACCAUGGCCAUGUACCCCCACGCUCGACUGCGCUGCAUGUGCACUUGUAACUGCUGCUCCUUCUGCUUGUGUCAGAACUUCCUCAACUCUGAGCUGCUGCAGACGGUCAGAGCCAAACUCUACGCCGUCGUACUGCGAAGGUUCACAAUCUUCUCUAAUGUUUCCUCUCAUCCUCGCCAAUCUUUAUUUCACGUCAUUCUUUUCCUCAUUGUUCAGUUCCCAUUUUCUUGUUGCUUAUUUUCAGUUUCUUUUCUCCUCAUAGCUUUGACCUCUGGAUCAUCACCGCUUCCCCCUUCAGUUGAUAAACCUGUUCUGUCUCUCAUUUGUUUGUCCUUCAUCCCUCCAGCAGCACGUUUGUUUGCAGUGAUUUCUACCACGUCACAGACUUUCUUUGACCAGUUUCCUCCUCCCCAGGCACAUGAGCCACGCUGACCUGAAAAGCUCAACCUUCUGGCUGAGAGCGAGUGUUGGAGCCACAAUGUUUGCCGUGUUGGGCUUCGCUAUGUACAGAGUUCUGCUUAAAUCCCGGUGAUUCCUGGCUCAUAGAAGCUUGGACAAGCUGCCAUCCACUGUUUUUAUGUGACCAUUUUACUCCGUUUUCAUUCACCAAUAAUGUGUUUAUUGGAAUGACAAGAAAAAAUAUUUAUUUUGUACCCAAAAUAUUCUUUAUCUUUUGAAGGUGUUUAAAGAGUUAAUAUAUUUCUAAAGAGCAUAUGUGGUGAGGGAGUGGCGUGUGAGGAGAGGCAAUAGAAUUCGCUAUAUCACUCAUGUAGAGGGAAGCGGUUGAACCAAAACGUGUGGGAUUGUCGCCGUAAUUUCCGUGUUUGUUAUCGAAUAUCAGUUUAGCAUCGCUGUCAUGAAUAAGCUGAAGCUUUUACGUUCCACACUCCUUUAGAAGUGCAAAGCAUAUCAUGUGACAAGAUUCUGUCUGUGUUCAAAAACGUUUGCCUUCGCUGAAGUUUACAAUAAAUCCAACAACUCUAACUUCUGCUCUGAAAGUGUUUUUACAUGUCAAGAGAUCAGCACACAGCGACUAAAAAGGUUCAACCACCAGGGGGCAGAAUAACGCAGUAGCGAAGUCAACCUUUCCUUUUCAUGUGUCGAGCGUCUGAACAUCCUGGAUUCCGUUUGCUUUCUCACACCUCCCACUCAUAGGCGCCAUAAGGUCGUUACCCUGACUCACCAACACGCGACAGAAUUCAUCUUAAAGAGAGAUAAUUUCCACCUUAUUUUC